UUUAAUCAAUUUUCGAACCUUACAUCGUCCACAUUCCAUUGAAUAUCUACCUACUUACAUAGCUUCACUCUAACCUACCCUUUGGACAUCAGAGAAAACCAUGAAACCUUUUAUAGUUUGAAUUUAACUUAUUAGAACAUGAAUGACAAGCUUUUUUCUCACUUGAUAAUGGCACAUUUCUUGUCAGGGUGGUGGAGUGUCCUAGGCGGAGAUUCCAAUAACAAGAACAUUAUUGAUUCUGAAGAUCUGGAAGUACUUAAACUGGUCACAGAGGAUCCAUAUUUGUACCAACAUGUACGGGAUAGGAUUAUUGCUAUGAAACAGGAGAUUAUUGAAAUAGAGAGGUUACAUGAUAUUGCAGAGAAAGAAAACUUAGAAAAGCAAGUGAAAAUUCAUUGCUAUCGCAAAUAUUUACAAGCGGUUAAAAUACGAGACUGGAUUGUUGAUCUAGAUGAAGAAUUUCCGAAAUGGUUGAACGAUCUUCCAGUUGAUCGGUUCAUUAAAUGGGUAUUAGCUCUAAAAUAUGCCGAAGGACCUAUUUUCGAUGAUCUGAGAAAUCGCCUACAAAAAUCUACCAUAAACGUGGAGGCAUUUGCAAAUGAAAUGUAUUCAUGGGUCGAAGAAACAUCAUCGUUUUUUGCUAAUAUGUCCGAAGUGCCGAAACCAAAGCAGGAAGAAAUACCACAUCUAUGCAAAAUAAUUAUCGGAGGCAAAGAAGAAACAAUAGCUGCGUGCAAAAUCCUAUUAAGUACUAUCUCUGGUGAUAGAACUAACAGUAGGUUUGCAUUUUCUAUUCGUCGUAAUAAAGAUUCUUCAACUGCUGAUACUUUCCCUACAAAAUUUUACGUUAUUAUUACACAAUACGAAAAAUUACACGCGGAUACAAAAAUUGGUUUCGAUGACGUUUUAAAAAAAGUAAAAAGUAAUUCGGAAUAUAUUAUCCAUAACUGCACCAUAUUAGAGAAUUUUCUUGUGAAUCGUGUUGAAACUGAUGAUUCAGAAUAUGAAGAAGAACAAACAACUACUUUAUCCAUAUCCACCAUAGUUAUUCGAAUAGGUUACCCGAUAAAUUUACAAGGUACAUCCCCUGAAGAAUUGGAGGAAAAUUACUUAAAACUCGUGUCUGUGAUGAAUGCUAUAAGGACUGACUUACUAGAAUUGAUGCAAAAAUCUGAUGGAGACAUUUUUAUCCAGGAUGAAUUUACAUCUCACUAAUGAUUCAGGUCUUUACUUAAUCCAUCUAUGUACUCAAAGAAUCCAAAUUAAGAUUUUUUUUGUAAGUAAAAUUUUCUGUCAACAUUUAUUUUUUUAAAAGUAUUCAAACAUCUUUCUUGUGAAAUAUUCUGAAUUUUUUU